UCAGGAAGCUUUAAGAUACAAUUUUCACCUUUCAGAAAGUUCAUAGGUGUGACUUUGAAUUGCCACUCGUUUCUGCUGCUGUCUCUCAUUCAACAAUGACCAUAAAAAUCGUGCCACUUGGAGCAGGCCAAGACGUUGGUCGAAGUUGCAUUCUUGUCACAUUAGGUGGCAAAAAUAUAAUGUUUGACUGUGGAAUGCACAUGGGAUAUAAUGACGAAAGAAGAUUUCCAGACUUCACUUAUAUUUCAAAGACUGGCGAAUUUACAGAAAUAUUGGAUGCGGUGAUAAUUAGUCAUUUUCAUUUGGAUCACUGUGGAGCAUUACCCUUCUUUACGGAAAUGUGUGGUUACGACGGUCCAAUUUAUAUGACACAUCCCACUAAAGCUAUCUGCCCAAUUCUUUUGGAAGAUUAUCGAAAAAUCACAGUGGAACGCAAAGGAGAAACAAACUUUUUUACGUCGCAAAUGAUCAAGAGCUGUAUGAAGAAGGUCAUCCCUGUCAACCUUCAUCAGACCAUCUCCGUCGAUGACGACCUAGAAAUUAAAGCUUAUUACGCUGGGCAUGUUCUCGGUGCUGCUAUGUUUUAUAUUCGCGUUGGCGAAGAAUCUGUGGUCUAUACUGGCGACUACAAUAUGACUCCUGAUCGACAUUUGGGCUCUGCCUGGAUUGAUAAGAUGCGCCCAGAUGUGCUUAUCACCGAAAGUACAUAUGCUACAACUAUACGAGAUUCCAAAAGAUCCAGAGAACGAGACUUUUUAAAAAAGGUUCACGAUUGUGUUGCUGCGGGUGGCAAGGUCAUUAUCCCUGUGUUUGCCUUAGGGCGAGCUCAAGAACUAUGUAUUCUAGUGGAAACAUAUUGGGAACGAAUGGACCUUAAAGUCCCAAUUUACUUCUCAGCUGGUCUAACGGAAAAAGCAAAUCACUAUUACAAGCUAUUUAUCAAUUGGACAAACGAAAAGAUCAAAUCUACAUUUGUACAGCGAAACAUGUUCGACUUCAAACAUAUCAAACCAUGGAAUCGAAGUUAUGUCGACUUGCCAGGUGCAAUGGUAGUUUUCGCAACACCAGGUAUGCUCAACGUCGGAACAUCACUCGAAGUAUUCAAGAAAUGGGCUCCAGACCCGAACAAUAUGGUCAUUAUGCCUGGCUAUUGUGUAGCUGGCACGGUUGGCGCCAAAGUAUUGCAAGGUCAGAAAGUCAUUGACGUUGAUCCUUUCACCAAGAUUCAAGUAAAUCUCCAAGUGAGAAAUCUAUCAUUCAGCGCUCAUGCUGAUGCGAAAGGAAUCAUGCAACUGAUACGACAAUGUGAACCCAAAAAUGUCGUUCUUGUUCACGGGGAAAAGGAAAAAAUGGGAUUUUUAAAAAGCAAGAUUAUGAAGGAGUUCGGUAUCCCAUCCUUCGACCCUGCGAACGGCGAAACAAUUGAACUGGAAACGAGCAAAGCUAUCUACGCGGACAUCAGUGUUGAUUUAUUGAAAUCAAGCAUACAAAAAAUGCGUGAAAUCAAAAACACGCAGACGGUGCUCAACACAUUUGGGCCACAAUCCGUCGAUAGGGAAAUGCACAUAGAUUCCGUCCGACCUCAUUCACAAAUACCCGUCGAAGGCGUCCUUUUGAUGGAGCCCGAUAAAUAUGGUCCUCCCAAAAUGCAUAUAGUCGACGCUGAUCAGGUCGAAGUGCCAGAAAGUAAGCAAUCACCGCUAGAGCAACACAAUCUCUCAUUUGAACUAGUCAAGUCCAUAAAUAUACCCAAAGUCAACCUCGACUUACCUGAUGAAAGCGAUAUGCGAAACGUACUGGUUGGUAUCCUUUUCCGGCGUUUCGAACAGACAGUUGGGAAAGAUAUCCCUAUUACUCAAACUCAAGCUGGAGUGCAAAUGCGUAGCGUUUUUGUCGGCUAUGAUGAAGACAAGAGCACAGAUGUCGAUCAGAUUAUUAUUCGCUGGAACUACAAUGACGAGGAUCUAGCUUGUCGAGCGCUUGGCAUCGUGAAUAUGGCAUUACCAGAAGCAUCAUGAUAGAAAAAAAUUUAAAACGACUUAUUUAGCAUGCAAGUUUUGUAAGAUAAGGACAUUCAACAGAUAGGUUUAUUUGCAUUCUGCAUCCAAAAAAUCAAAAAAUCAAUAGCAUGGCAUACAAGUGCAAAAAUAAAAGAGCAGGCAUGACUAUGCUACACGCAAACCCAGUUAAU